CUUUUGCUUGGAGGUCCCGCGUCCAUCGGUGGAGGAUACUCACACAAGAUGGCAGAAACACCCGAGCUCAUAUUGUCAACAGAAGGGAGCACGGAUCUGCCCCAUGAGGACUCAACUAUUGGUAUGAGCAGCGAAGAUUUAGACCGCGGUUAUCCACUAGAUCUUGCAGCAGAGAGCCACGUUGUCACUGCCAGAGGAUUGCUCACCACCGGUACCCACAUAACCGGAAGCGAGCAUUGCGGACACACGCCGGCAGAUGAGUUAGCUCCCGCCUUGAGUUUCGAGGACUUGACAGCGGGAAGCUACACAGACUUUACUGGAAUUGAGCAAGCGUACGAGGUGGACUCUGAGAACCUAAUGGAGCGACCAACUCCGAGUCCUCCACCGCAACGGGUUGCCUUGCUGCCCUUUCUACUAGUGGCUGAGGAGUAUCCGGACGAUCUACUCAAUGGUCUGAGUGAAAUUUCCCAAUACUGUGUUUAUAAGAACUUUGUAACGGCGGAUACCAUGUUGGAAGCAGAAAACGUCGAACGUAUAGCUGUGCGCUUCCAAUAUGAUGAGCAGCUCAACCCCGGUUCAGUGAAUGUCCGGCCCUCUCACAUGAACCAUCGGCAAUUACCACCAGACGAAAAGUUCGCCAUUGUUGUUUCGUAUAAGAGAAAAAGCGAAGCCUUUCGAGCUCUGGGUCGCAUGCUUGGAGUGUUGUUCGAUAUCCGGGAGCCGUCGGACUUGGCCACGGUGAUGAGUUGGGAUGAAACAGCUCAAUUUCAGACGCUCGGAGUGAUGAUUGAUUGCAGUCGAUCCGCAGUCCUAACCAUGCAGACGGUGAUGUACCUGUUACGGACUUGUGCAUUACUGGGAAUGAACACUUUCCAGUUGUAUACCGAAGAUACCUAUCAGAUUGAGGACGAACCAUUUUUUGGUUAUUUGCGAGGGGGAUUCUCGCAGGAGGACCGAGCUUUGAUUGAUAACUACGCAUCAAACUUUGGUAUAGAGGUCUUCCCGUGCAUACAAACUUUGGGACACCUUGGUCAAAUCCUGCAGUGGCCGAGGUUCGCAGGGGUGAGAGACACGCAUGAGGUUAUCUUACCAGGCUCAGAAGAAACAUACCAGCUGAUCGAGAAGAUGGUCGAUGCUGCAUCUAAGCCACUGCAAUCGAAACGGAUUCAUAUUGGGAUGGAUGAGGCACAUGGGGUUGGCGAAGGUCGAUAUAAGCAGAUUUUCGGUGAAAAAGAUAGUAGUGAGGUCUUCUUGGCGCAUUUGCAGAGAGUGGAAAAGAUAUGCAAAGACCGUGGUUUGAAGCCAAUGGUUUGGUCUGAUAUGCUCUUCACUUUGGCCGCCAAGAACAAUUCCUUACAGAGUUAUUACGAGACCUCGGACUUACCUCAGGAAAUGAAGCACAACAUGCCCGAUGAUUUGGAUCUCGUCUAUUGGGAUUACUAUCAUGUGCAAACAGAUGCGUAUUCGCGAAAGAUUCAACAACAUCGGGAUCUUGGAUUUGAUCCCUGGGUAGCUGGAGGCAUUUGGUCGUGGAACCGGUUUUAUAGUGCGCUGCCAUUUACAUUUGCAGCAUCGGAUGCUUGCCUAAAAGCCUGUAAACGUGACAAGGUUAAAAAUGUUUUCGUGACAACGUGGGGAGACGAUGGGAAUGAGUGUGAUAUUCUGUCGGCACUUCCUGGAUUUGUCUAUUAUUCGGAACAUUGUUAUACGGCGAAUGAAGACAUUGAUUGGAGUCUGUUCCGGAGAAAUUUUGCGGGCAUAUGUGGAGGAAAUCUCGAUGAUUGGAUAUAUGCAUCCAAAAUCGAUCUACCUCUGGAGACAAUUGACCGAACGCGCUUUCCGCCGAAUGUCUCAAAGUGGCUGCUGUGGAAUGAUCCUUUCUACGGCUUCUUCUCGCCACAGUAUGCUGGCGUAGAUUUGGGAUUGCAUUAUCAAGAGAUUGCCCAGCAUCUGGCAACCGUGUCUUCUGGAGAGCAAUUGCUCUUGUACCCUUUGAACGAACGCCUGGCGUUUCCAGCCAGAAUCGCGGAUGUUUUAAGAUUGAAAGCGAACUUACGACAAGGAUUAGUCGCUGCAUACAAGUCUCAGAACCCUAAGAAAGAAUUGUACGAAUUCGUGCAGGGCCCCGUACGAGAAUUGCGACGUGCGGUGGAUCGUUUGUGGAAGCACCAUCGCGAUCAGAUAUGGCUUUCCACCUACCGGCCUUUUGGGCUUGAAAUCAUCGAACUGCGUUAUGGAGGCUUAAGGACCCGUUUAGAGACUUUGGAGGAUAGAAUCUUGGCUUUUUGUGGUGUGGAAAGUGAUGUUUUUCAGACCGCGAGGGCGACUGUAGGAAUGGGGGGAAGUACCCGUGCCGACCUUUCUGAGCUUGAUGCUGAGCUACGGGAAGUCUACGCAGGAAUUGGGUUGGAGAUCGUGGUGGAUUUCGCACGAGCUUAUACACCAUCGCGCGCCCUCGGUACUGGCUAAUGCGGGAGGUCACUUUACUACAAUGACACAAUCGAUGUAUUGGAAUGUACAAAGGAUCAUAUAUAAAGUAGGCUAUUCACAUAAGCAUUUCCCCGCGGACAAA